UGCGUUCCUAUUGGCCAAGAGUUUUAUGAUUGCCCCAUGCUUAAAAGUAGUUGAGGGUCAAAGGCUACUUGUUGCAUAUAUGAGGAGUCAGACUGACUUUGAAGGCGGGAAUACUUUUUGUUGCGAGGCAUUUAGAUUAAGAGGGAUGUCCGUCAUUUCAAGUUUUAGAGAGAGAUACGUAACUAACGAAGACAGACGACUGGGCCCGGAGCGGACGAUGGAGGAACGCAAACUUCAGCUGACAAGUCAUCCUUUCAGCGUGGAGUCGCUCAUAGCCUGCAAAAAAAGUACAAAGGAGUAUCAAAAAGGUUCCGAGGAUGUAUCUUUGUCGACAUUUGCGAAAACUCGGGUCUCGUCAUACCGAAACAAGGACUCUUGCAGUCCGGAGGAAAUUCGAAAGCACUUCAUCGAAAACUCGCCAGUCAAAUCGGAAUCUCCAGAGCCAGAGGAGUGCACUGCUUGGGUUAUGAACUCUAGAUACGCACAGACACGCCAGACGAGCCCUCCAUGCGCCCUCCGCAAGCACAAGGCUAACCGCAAGCCGCGCACGCCCUUCACCACCACGCAGCUCCUGGCUCUGGAGCGCAAGUUCCGGCAGAAGCAGUACCUGUCCAUCGCCGAGAGGGCCGAGUUCUCCAGCUCCCUUUUGCUGACUGAGACGCAGGUGAAGAUCUGGUUCCAGAAUCGGCGCGCCAAGGCCAAGCGCCUGCAGGAAGCCGAGCUGGAGAAACUGAAACUGGCCGCUAAGCCGGCGCUGCAUCCGGGCCUUCCCCUGGCCUUGCCCCUGGGUGCGCAGCUGCACCCAGCUGCCUCACUCUAUGGACAGUCAUACCCCUACCAGAGGCCCAUGUUGCCCGUGCCACCUGUUGGACUGUAUGGGGCACCUCUGGGCUACAGCGUGUACCACCUGGUGUGAGCCACGUGGACCAGUAUACAUGGGAAAGCAGUGCUUAGCCGCUCAGGCUUGGACAAGAAGUGAAUACAGGGCGUGAUGGGAAGAUUUUGUGCUGCACAGGUCUGAAAGGACCUAGCAUGGAAAAGGGAGAUGUCUUCUUUCGUCUGCCUUUGACAGAGUUUGAGACUCCAGCUUGAAUUUUGGUAUCAAUAGAUUGUAGGUGGGCACUUCCAUUGCUUGCUCUGUGUAAAUGCGUGCAUGUGAACGUGUGCGUGCGUGGCUUUGUAUAUAUGUGUUAUAUAUACGUGUGUGUGUGUCAUUGUAUGUGUGUUUAUGUACAGCAUAUUCUUUUCAUUCAUUCAAAUGUAAUAUAUUUUAUUGCUAAUUAUUCUUGACUUAUUGGUAAGAGAAAUUCAUUUGCCAUAAAAAAAGUCUGCUCAGACAAGCUCAGCAUUAAAAAAUUUGGAAUUGAUCUUCAUUCUUAAAAAAAUUAUAUUUAUGAUGGCAACAGGUACAGUACAGAAAAAUUCUGACUACUCUAUUAUUUAAUCUCUUCAUGUGUGUCAGUAUCCAGUAUCUGAUUAAUUCCAACACCAGAAAACAGGUACACCUCAUUCCCUUUUUUUUAAUUUACUGAGGUACUGACUAAGUAACCAGCUGCACCAAAUCUUACAUAGGGAGCAAUGUGAAGUACUAAAGAUGCAUGUCAAGUAGGAUGAAAGCUGGGAUUCAACUUUUGUUUGCAUUAUUCCAGGUCUGGAAUUUGGGAGAAAUGUCAGUAAUUUAUGGAAUGAAACACAGACCUAUAAAUAGUAAAGUAAAACCACAGAUAAUUUUGCAAUGGUCUGUUAAUUUUUUCCAGAGUGAUAUACA